AGCGCGCUUACCGGCUCCGCCAUGGCUCUGAAGCGGGUCUUUUUGCUGCGCUCGGUGGCACCACGCGUUGCUGCCCUCUCAACCAAACCGCGAGCCCAGGAGCAGCCUCCCGCGAACCCUGAGGCUUUGCGGGGAUGUGGAGCGGCUGAGGCUGUGCGGCCGCCUGUGCCAGCCGUGGACUUCACCAACACACAGGAGGCGUACCGCAGCCGUCGAAGCUGGGAACUGGCGCGCAACCUGCUAGUGCUGCGGCUGUGUGCGUCGCCGGUGCUGCUAGCGCACCAUGAGCAGUUGUUCCAAGUUGCCAGGAAGCUUCUGGGGCAGAGGAUGUUCGAGAGACUGAUGAAGAUGACCUUCUACGGCCAUUUCGUGGCUGGCGAGGACCAGGAGUCUAUCAGGCCUCUGAUUCGGCACAACAAAGCCUUUGGUGUUGGCUUUAUCCUGGACUAUGGUGUGGAGGAAGAUCUGAGCCCCGAGGAGGCGGAGCGCAAAGAAAUGGAGUCAUGCACCUCUGAAGCUGAAAGAGAUGGCAGUGGAGCAAAUAAGAGGGAGAAGCAGUAUCAGGUCCACCCCGCCUUCGGAGACCGCAGAGAUGGCGUCAUCAGUGCCCGCACUUACUUCUAUGCCAGCGAAGCCAAAUGUGACAACUACAUGGAGAACUUACUGCAGUGCAUCGAGGCCUCAGGCGGAGCCAGUGACGGUGGUUUUUCAGCCAUUAAGCUCACGGCACUGGGGAGACCACAGUUUCUGCUGCAGUUCUCAGACGUGCUGACCAGGUGGAGACAGUUUUUUCAUCAAAUGGCUGCAGAGCAGGGACAGGCUGGGCGUCCUGCUGUGGACACGAAGCUGGAGGUGGCGGUGCUCCAGGAGAGCAUCGCCAAGAUGGGCAUCUCGUCCAGGGCUGAGAUCGAGAGGUGGUUCACACCAGAGACGCUGGGAGUGUCUGGCACUGUGGACCUACUGGACUGGAACAGCCUCAUUGACAGCAGGACCCAGCUCUCCAGGCACCUGGUGGUCCCCAAUGUACAGACUGGCCAGCUGGAGCCCCUGCUGUCACGGUUCACUGAGGAGGAAGAGCAGCAGAUGAAGAGGAUGCUGCAGAGGAUGGAUGUGCUGGCCAAGAGAGCGAGAGAGGCAGGCGUGCGGCUGAUGAUUGACGCCGAGCAGAGCUACUUCCAGCCGGCCAUCAGCCGCCUGACCCUGGAGAUGCAGCGCAGGUUCAAUGUGGAUAAGCCGUUCAUCUUCAACACGUUCCAGUGCUACCUCAAGGAUGCCUAUGACAAUGUGACCAUAGAUAUGGAACUGUCUCGCCGUGAGGGCUGGUGUUUUGGGGCCAAGCUGGUACGUGGUGCAUACAUGGCCCAGGAGCGAGCCAGGGCUGUGGAGAUCGGCUACGAGGACCCCAUCAACCCUACAUAUGAAGCCACCAAUGCCAUGUACCACAGUAUGGAGUACAGGCCUCUCUUUACGCCCCCAGUUGGUUCCUAUGGACACGUAAAACAACAGAUACAGCUCAUGUGGUCAAGUGCUUGCCUAACACACCUGAAUCCUUCCUGGGUUUGAGCCCCAGCACCACCUUUAAUCCCAGCACUUGGGAGGAGGCAGGAAGAUCAGUAGUUCAAAGCCAUCCUUGGCUUCAAAGUAGGUUUAACAUCAGCCUGGGAUACAUGAGCUGGGAGAGAGAGCCCUAUCCCAGGUCCCUGGCUUGCUGUAUGUGGCUGGCGUAACCUAUCAGAUUCUCAACUCCCAUGGCAGUCAACAGUGGCUCGCCUGUUCUUUCUGCUGCUUAUCGCUGGAUCUUUAGUGCAGCUGUUCUGUACUGUGGAAAACGAUCUCUGCUGCUGUGCUUUCGGUUUUGGAUGAGUUUAUUAAGCAUUCAGCGAGCGAACAAAGAAGCAACAGCAAAUUACAGGUAGAGAGAAGCAGCAGAGAGAAAGUAAAACAUUACCAAAUCACGGGCUCGCAAUGUCGCGCAGAGACAGCUGGAGUAAGCCAUUCAAGAGAGCAAACACAAGGUACUGGUGAGGUGGGGUGGGUGCACCACAGCAGAGAUGACUUUCAUGCUGCGGCCCUGAUGGAGAAUGCUGGACACAGCCAAGUUCUCUGCAGGACCAGCUUCUGCCUUUCCCACUGUAAACGUUUUAUAUUAUGUAAAUGAUGUCAACUUCUGUUGGAAAUCUUUAACUUCUAGCUGUUCUUGAGGACAUCCUGUUUUUAACACCGUUAGCCACUCACUGUUCUCCCCUCCACGGUAACAGAAUCAAGGAGCCAGCCUGAAAGGUAAUGGGGUUUUAGAGGACUUCCAGACAGAAGUACGGUUUGAUCUGGAGUGUAUCGGGACAACUCCAUUUCCAGAGCCAGCAUCUCGGUGAAGUCAAACAGCACGUGACAGCUUACCUACAUGGCCUUUAUACCUGUGCACGCAGUCCAGCUCAUGUGUGCUUCCCGCAGAUGCCAUGCUUGCUUAUUGCACCCCUGAGGCCCUGUCUCCUUGGGCUCCCCUUCUUAAGUGUUGUUCCAUUUCAGAAGUCCAUGCAUACCCAGCUGUGCCACAUGCCUACGUUUACACAUGCCCCUUGUCCUCGCCCCUUGUCCUCUCCCCUUGUCUCCUCGUUUAAUUACUUCAUCUCCUGUGUCAGUACCGGAUACCCAAGGGUGUAUGCUCGGACUCGUGGUCUUCUCUGGUUGGUCUAACAGGGACUCACUGAACAUCCCGUGCUGUGUUAGAUGCAUGUGCGGCUCCAGGUUGUCUCUGAGGGCACAGCUGGAGCAUGUUGGCUGAGGGCACCUGUGUUGUCCAGCCUGGCAUAGUCCUUGGUGACAGUAACACUGAGACUCUGUGGUACUCAAGAACGCCCACCCCACCUGAGGCCUCUUCUUCCUUUUAUUUCUUGAAGAGCCAGGAGUGUGCUUAGCUCCUUCCCAGAAGUAAAGUCGCAGGUCAGGCAGGCCCUGUGCACCCUGGUGGGUAGUGUUAGGCUUGCCUUUUUACUGAGCACCGCUGCUAAGGGGAUGUUAGCAAUCCCAGUCCACCCCAGAUACAACAUCAAUGAUGGUGGACUCCAUCCAAGCUAGUUUGCUCAGCCAUUGGAUUUCUCUGGAGGUCACUUUCGUGAAAAGGGGUUACUCAAAAGCAGUGCCAUCAGUGAGAAGUCUGCCCUAGCAGAGAGGACAGCUGACCUGCAGAACCUGUAUCCUUAGAGCUCCCUAACAGCCUGUGGGCAGCUCCACAGAGCCCCUGCUCCCAGCAGUUGCUUAUUGCUUUUCUAACCUUGAAAGGAGCCUUAUGACUCUUACUGUCUGGGUUUCUUAUACUGGUUCGGUGAGUUCCUACGGUAAAUGUCCUUAUCUUCUUGAAUCUCAGGAGCCUCCCUCCUUCCAGGCAGGAGUGAUUCCCAUACAACAGCUGGGAGACCAGAUGCUACCCUCCUUUUUUGAGAUUCACCACCACCACCUCCUCCUCCUACCUUUGCUCCUCAGCCUGGGUCCUGCAAUGCCUCUUUUCUCUGCAGAGCCAACAGGGGCUCAGGUGGUGGUUGGCCUGGAGCCAAGCUUAGGUAGGACUGUCCCUGUCCCAGGUGCCUUAACUAUGUUCUGGAGGAGCUGAAGCACAGCACAAA